UACACUUCUUUUAAGCCUGUCAUCGCCUCCUAAGAUGUGGUGGGGAAUACCAAAUUACGCUAGGGUAUGGCGCAAUCAUAUUUGCCGACCAUGUAAAAGUGACCCCAAAAGUCACAGGUAAAUGUGCUGUGUAUCAUGCUAUGCCAUUAUGCGGUUCAAUAUGUACCGGUUCAGCGCAUAUUCCGCACGGAAUGCGUAUCACGAUGGGUGCAUCCAGCACCUUCAAGAUUGACGAGAGUUUACUUCUAUGCUGAGAAAUGGUACUACACCUUCAAACUAGUCUCAAGAUAAGAGAUGGCGUGAUGAGGAGUAUCAAUGAGGCCAUGUCCAGUAUGAAUGUCAUGUUCACAUAGAUUCAAAUAGAGCCACCAACCCGGUCCAGGUUGGUCAGUUGAGCUCUGACAGAUCAGCAUCGCAUCUAACAUGGACCGCGGAAAAGGCAGGUCUACAAGUCCCCAUUCAGAAAAUGAACCGAUCAACUCCAGUGACCAGCUCACGGUGCAACCAAUAAACUCGUGGAAAGGCUAUAUCUGGGAUACAUGGGAACUGCCACCGGAUCAGCGCUGGCUGUUAUUUAAAGUCGAUGCCUUUGUCCUUACUUUUGCCUCAACUAACGGGCAUUACCAGAUCGGGUACUUCUUGAAAAAUCUCGAUCUUAACAAUAUUAACAAUGCCUUUCUCAGUGGGAUGAAGGAGGACUUGGAUAUGUAUGGGAACCAGCUGGUUACUAGCACGUCUAUCUACACGGUGGGAUAUGUCAUUGGCCAGAUCCCGUCCAACUUGCUGCUAACAAGAAUUUCACCUCGAUGGGUGAUUCCCGCGCUGGAGGUUGGUUGGGGAAUAGCCACAAUUUGCACGUCCAGUGUCCAGUCGUAUCGGUCACUAUACGCCAUCCGCUUCCUGGUUGGGCUUUUCGAGUGGAUAGGAAAGCGAGCCAUGGUUUUCUGGCUUGCGGGCUCAAUCGGAACGCUAUUCAGCGGAUUCCUACAAGCAGCAGCCUACACCAACCUGAACGGUGUGCAUGGCCACGCUGGCUGGCGCUGGCUGUUUAUUAUCGAUGGCAUUAUCACGCUGCCGCUUGCCGUAGCAGGAUUCCUGUUCUUCCCUAACCUCCCACAAGACGGCAAGAAAACGUGGUGGACGACAGAAGACGAGCAUAUUCUUUCUGUCAAACGCAUGGAGGCUGUUGGUCGUGCAGGAAAGGAGCCCUGGACGGUCGCCAAGGCCAAGAGAAUCUUCCUCAGCUGGCAUACAUAUCUUCUCCCGUUACUAUACAUCGUGUGGAAUAACGGUUACCCGCAAGCCGGUAUGGGUUACUGGCUCAAGAGCUUCAACACGACCCCUCCUCCUGUGCCGGGUACAUCGUUCUCGGUGCCGCAGAUUAAUAAUUAUCCAAUGGUUACAACCGGAAUCUUCGUUGUGGUAGCUUUGAGCUGGGGUUGGCUUUCCGAUGGGUGUCGCGGUAUCCGGUGGCCUUUCAUCUAUGCGGGUGCCAUAAUCACGACGGUGUUCUGUGUGCUCCUCCGCCAGAUGCCGCUUUAUGAGAAUAUCAACGGUCGUAUGGCUGUGUAUUGGCUGAGUAACAUUGGCAGCGGUGCUGGUCCCCUCAUCUUGAGUUGGAUCAACGAGAUCUGUUCAUCGGACACCGAGAAAAGAGCAUUGAUUGUUGGUCUGGCGAACGAUCUCGCAUACGUUGUUCAGGCGGUGGCGCCAAACUUUGUCUGGAAGACCACCGACUUUCCCGCUGCCCGGAAGGGUUAUUUGUGGGAUAUUAUCCUCCAGUGUCUACUCAUUCUUGUGACUGCUGCUAUUCAGUUUCAGCUCUGGAGGGAUCGACAAAAGUCGUCCGCUAGUGGAGAGGACGAUGGCCUCUCGUCUGACUUGCAGAGCGACGACCCACCACAACAGGAAAGCGAUAUUGAGCAGGGGAAGAUGGUCCGCACCGAGGUCGUGGCGGUACAAAAUUAG